GGGGGCGUGCCCCGGGGCAGGGGCGUGCCCGGGCCGGGGGCGUGGCGUCGGGCGCCGCAGCCCUGAGACGCACCGCGCCUGCGGAGGGCGGGGUCGGCGCAGGCUGGGAUUCAGUUGCACCUGGAAGGCCCGGGAGUCGGCGCGAUGAGGCCUCGGGCACCGCGGGGCGUCCUCCCGGGCGCGCUCGGCCUGGCGCUCUGCUGCCUGUGCGGCGCGCUGGGACCCUGGAGGAGUGGCGACCACGGAUGGAAAAAACUCAUUAUGGUUCACCACUGGCCUACAACAGUGUGCAAGGAAAUUGAAAAUGCCUGCAGUGACCCUCCGGAUUACUGGACGAUACAUGGAUUAUGGCCUGAUAAAAGUGAAGAAUGUAACCGGUCGUGGCACUUUAAUUUAGAAGAGAUCAAGGACCUCUUGCCAGACAUGAAGAUAUACUGGCCAGAUGUCACCCAUCCACCGAAUCACAGCCACUUCUGGAAGCAUGAGUGGGAGAAGCAUGGGACCUGUGCAGCCCAGUUGGACGUCCUCAAUUCCCAGAAGAAAUACUUCGGCAAAAGUCUGCAUCUGUAUAAGGAGCUGUCCCUGAACAGUAUGCUCCAAAAAUUGGGGAUAAAACCAUCUAUCAAUUACUACCAGAUUUCAGAUAUUAAAGAUGCCCUCGCCAGUGUCUACGGAGUCAUACCGAAAGUCCAGUGUCUUCCGCCAAGACAGGGUGAGGAGGUGCAAACCAUCGGACAGAUAGAGCUGUGCCUCACCAAGGACCUGCAGCUGCGAAACUGUACGGAGCACGGGGAGCCGCGGUCCCGCAGGUGGGGGGACGCCUGGCCGGCCAGGGCCACCGACGAGGGCCCAGGGCUGGAGGUCUGUGAGGACGGCCCCGCCUUUUACCCCCCACCCAAAGAGACCAAUCACUGAUGCGUGAAUUUUGGAAAUAUUCUGUGUUUUGAAAAGCAAGUGAAAUCCACACACCACUGCUUUUUAAGAAGCAUCUUUCAAGUGAAAUCUCACCCCUUUUGGGGGCAGCUUUCUUUAAUGUAAGCCUGUCGGUUUUGCUUUUCACUUUGUGUCUGUGAGUUGAUUUUUGUGGCACAUGUAAAGGGGGGUGAACAUCGGGUGCAUUGAAAGGAAGAAAAGCUCCCACGCCCGAGUAGCUGCUUUGUAGUUGGAAUAAAGCGCACGGUUUUCCCUUUUUUCUCCUUUAUUAAGCUCUUUGGCAUCUUAGACCAGGCAGGCACCCUUGGGGUUUCAGCAAGCAGUACAGAUUCAGGAAGUUCUGGCCUGCGUCCCCCUCAGAGCGGCUGCCAUCUUGGCCUGGGGGUCGCGCUGGGAGCUGCUCUCAGGGGGAGCCAGGCCAACGUGGGGACAGUGGCAGGCAUCUCCACCUCCCACCUCAGGGUUGAUGGGUCUUGUUCCACGAGGGCCCCAGAACACGUUCACCUGCCAGCGUCUCCCUCUGUGGCCUGGCGUGGGCAUAGGUGUGUCCCCUGCAGGCCCCGGUGCUGCUGGCAGGCGAGAUGCUCCGAGAAAGGGCUGCGAGUAUCUUCUCUCUUCCUGCCAGAGGAAAUCUGGGUGCAUUUACUCAGUGCCUGGCAGCUGCCCCGGCUGGUCCGUAGGAGCUCCGCAUGCAAAUUAAAACCUGCACGUCGGUUUAGGUCAGGCCUCAAUUCCUUUCUAUGGGAAGGUAGCUCGGGACCUGGGAAAGAUUCGGGCCAGCAAUAAAUCAGUACUUAGGAAUACUGUGAUUAAAUGCAGCCCCUGGUGCCAUGUUCCACCCUCAGAUCCACGCUCUCUUUCCUUGUGACGACGGACAACAUGGUUUCUCUUGCCAGUGGUGGGAGAGCGCCAGGCUCAGGUGGGCGGCUGCAGCCUUACCUGCUGUCUGGGACUUGGUUUGUAAAAUGAGGUUUACAUUUUCACAUUUCACCUAAUAGUUUGUGAAAUGACUUCCCGUGCUUUAUUAAAACUACUUUACCAUUA